AUGGCAGUGCUCAAUUUCACCCUCAGCGAAGAGGGCGUCUCGGGCUUUCGAGAUGCCCUCAUCUGCCUCAACAAGUUUAGCGACGAUGUGUCCCUCGAGGCACGCAAGGAGUCUUUUACCCUGAGCACGCUCAACAGCUCCAAGUCGGCCUAUGCGAGCUUCAAGUUUGCCACCAACCGCUUCUUCUCACGCUACAACUACCAAGGCACCGGCCAGUCCAGGGAGCGCUUCCACUGCAACAUCCGCUCGGCUGCCGACAGCCAAAGGGACCGCGACGCUGAGAGGCAGACCCUGAUUGAUCGCUGCGACGUCGCCAUCGAGGACGGCCAGGGCGUCAAGAGCCGCUUCAUCGCGCGCAUCGUCUUCCGGACGGGCCUCACGUCCACCCACCGCCUCCCCUUUGAGACGGGCGUCCCGGUGCACGCCAAGUUUAGCAAACAUGACGCGCCGCACCACUGGUCCAUCUCCUCCCGCACCCUACGACAGCUCAUGGACCAUUUUGGUCCAGGAAUUGACUACCUGGACAUCAAUACUCAUGGUGAUCAUGUAAAUUUUACGUGUUUCAGUGAAAAGACAGUGAGCGAAGACGCCGUCCUGAAAAAGCCCCUCCAGACCUCGGUUGCAGUCGAAGCAGAUGAAUUUGACGAUAUCGAAGUCGAGGAUAAGCUCCACAUUGUCAUCUCGGUUAAGGACUUCCGUGCCAUUAUCCAUCACGCCGGUAUUAGCGGUUCUGCCCUCUCCGCUCGAUACUCCCUCCCUGCCCGCCCGAUCCAGUUUUCCUAUGCUGCUGAUGCGCUAUCCUGUGAAUUUCUCAUAAUGACAGUCGGAGAGCGAGGAAGCAACCCUGCCCAGAAGACGAAAAAGGGACGCAAAUCCGCCCCGGCAGCCAAUGCACCGCGCCUCGACGCCGGGUCUCGUAAGACGAGCGUCGCGCCGUCCGAAGCACCAGCACCACCCCCAGAAACGACACAGCCGCCGACACAGGCCUCGGCAAGGAUACCGCCGCCAUCUAGUGUCCGGCCUGUUGGCACUAUUAGAGCCAGUGUCUCGCGCAUGUCCGCCUUUGACCUCCGUCCUUCGCAAAAGCCGCCGCCGCCGACCUUGCGCUCCGAGAGCCUGUUUGUCGACGACGAGGGCUGGGAGCCGGUCAGGGAUGAAGACGAGGAUGCAGAAGAGAAUGCACAGCUUGGGUGGGAUCAUAGUGCUGACCCCGACCCAAUCUCGACGCAUUCAUUUAUGCACACGAGCAGGCCAGAGCCGGCUCCUCCUGCAGCCGACGAUGACCAGGCCGAUCCUCCCGCAGAAACUUCUACUGUUCUUGAACCUACUCAGAAGCUGUCCGACGUACAAAACCUUGCUCUAUUCCCCGACUGA